UUUUUUUUGUCUUUUUUGUUUUUAUCGGUACCAGGGAUCGAACUCACGACUGCCUGCUUGCAAGGCAGGCACUCAUGCCGCUGAGCUAAAUCCCCAGCCCCAAAGCAGAAGUUUUUAAUUUUAAUGAAUCCCGCUGACCAGUCCUUUCUGUCAUGGAUCAUGCCUAAAAAAGUAUCACCAAAGCAGUCAUAAGGGCACACACUUGUAAUCCCAGCAUUCAGAAGGGUAAGGCAGGAAGAGCUCAAAGCAAGCCCCAUCUCAAAAAAAAAAAAAAAAAGACACAAAAAAUCAUCACCAAACCCAAGGUCACCUGGAUUUUCUUCCAGGAGUUUUAAUUUUGCAUUUUACAUUUAAAUCUGUGAUCCAAUUUGAGUUCAUUUUUGUAGAGGAAGCAAAGUCCGUGUCCAGAUUCCUCUUUUCUUCAUUCUUGAGGGGAGGGUGGGAAAUAGGAGCACAUGCCCUGUGUCUCUUCUCCACUAUGCUGCUGUGCCCUUUUAAAAAGCAUAGCUGCCCGUGUCCAUGCAUGUCUGUCUGUAGACACUGCUGCUCCGUUGGUGUCUGUCGGUGUCUGUCCCUCGCCAGCCACGUACUGCCUUGGUGACUGCAGCUCUGCAGCAAGCUCCGAAACCAGCUGGUGUCUGUCUCCCAGGAUGGUUCGAUACAUGGUCAGCUGUCCUUGGCUUUUCAGAGGCAAGUCUCAUGGUGCCUGCAAGAACAGAAUUCUGUCUCUUCUAGCAGCCCACCUGGCCAGGUCAGACCUUGUCAGGAUUAUACUCUUUUCACUGAAUUCACUAGAUACCUGAUUACAUCUGCAUGGUAGCAUGGUUUAAUCUUCAGGCUGGACCCUUUCUACUUGCCAGUCUUGCCUAUAUGUAAGGCUCAGCAGAACACUGGGCACUCUUUGUGCCCACCACAGAAAUAGCACAGGACCUGCUGUCCUGUCCCUUAAGUCCUAUGUCCAACCCAGAGCAGAGCAGACACUCUAAUGAACUCCCACCAUUGAGAAACUAAGCAAAGGGAGAUGAAGCUGUUAGCAGAACGAGUCACUAGUGCAGUCAGCAUUCUUCUCAGCUUUGGUGGUCUCUGAGGCGCAGGCUCUGUGCUUGGCACAUUUCUCAGAUUGCACCUGCUACUUCCCUACCCCAUCUGUGCUCUUCUUCAGCUCCUACCCUGUGUGAUAGCAGCUGCUCACUGUCCUGCCCUUGUUUUUCCCAGGCCAUCUCUGUGGCCCUGCAGCAUAACCUUUCCCGUGGGCAGCCUGUGCUGUGCCUCUGUCCUGGACACCACCUGCCUCUUUGAGGGCUGCCGUGCCCCUCUGCCCAGAAUCCUCCCCAUCACUCUCACCUGCUGGCUUCUGCUUUCUUCCAUUGAGGUCAGACGUCCUUUGGGUUCCGCCCUGAUAGGUGAGAUGCUGCCUUCGCAGGGCACCCAGGGCCAUUCCUGUGCUAGCACUGCUUGUUACCACAAGUCAUCUUCAUCUGGCUUGUCUGUUAGAUCCAUGUCUAGGGUUCCCACUAUAUUGCCAGUGAGCAGAGACUCAAUCAGUAAUUGAGUAAGUGAGUGGUAGAGUACUUUUAAUAAAUUACUUUUUUCUCUUGCCUUUGAAAUUUCUAUAACUUCAGCUUUUCUUCUUUGCCAUCAGAUACUUUGAAUAUCAUGUAUCAGAGAUGUUAUCCCUUUUUGGGUCAAAAAUUAUUAUAAGAUACCUAGGACAAGAUGGUAGUCUUGAACCCUCCAUUUCAUGUUUUCCACAGUUCACACUCUCCAGCUUCUGAGAGUGAGACCGGCACCUCAAACUCAUACUCUUAACCAUGUGCUGUCCCACUACCCUGUGUGCUGGCCACUCAAAGUCCUUCAUGAGAGGUGUAGGAGGAGCUCCCUUCUUCACUGCAUGGCGUUGGACCUAGCAUUCUGGCCAAGACUUGCAGUUCCACUAGUACCACAAAGGAACACUUGUAAGUGUAGGUAGCAGCUGUAGGUUGCCUUAAGGUAGGAUAACUGAUCUGAAACAGUGUUGCAUCACAUUGGAGAAAAUACUGAUGAACUCCUUGCUGGCAAGUUUUGUGAUAAGGCCAAGUGAGCUGCGAAGUGUCUCAUGUACUUACCAAGUUGGACCAAAAAUGCAGUGAAUGUUAAAGCCCUUUUUUCUCACUGUGAGAGAUUCAUUGCCAUUCAAGAGUCUCCCUCAGAACCCUCCCCCUCCCUCUAAACACUCGUGCAUCAUCUGGCCACCUUCUGAAGCAGCUCUGGAGUCCUGUUUCCUGAGUGUCUUUAGUUGCAGUUUUGUGGCUGCCUCAGUGGCCUGAAUUGAUUGAAAACAUUUACCUUCCGUGGUUAUUUUGACUUUGAAGAAGAGCUAGAAUCACACAGCCAGAUCCAAGUGGAUGAGGACACGGUAAUGUUUUUAUUUGACAGAAAUUGCUGUCAACAUCUUUAGUUGAUUCAGGACAUCAAAGCAGCCACAGCAGCACAACUAAAGAGAGACUCAGCACUUCUGGAACUGCUUCAGAGGGUGGUGAAAAUGAUGAGGCAUGUUCAAAUCAAGGGGGAGCCUGGCAUGGUGGCACAUACCUGUAAUUUCAGCAUUGGGAGACUGAGGCAGGAGGAUCACUGCAAGUUCAAGGCCAGUCAGGAUAUGAAGUAAUUUCAAGCUCAGCCUGAACUACAUAGCAAGACACUGUCUCAAAAAAAAGGGAGUAGUUUGAAGGAGAUCAGUUGCAAUGUGUUUUUUUAUUUUUUUAUUGUAGUAAGGUUUUUUAAAUAUUUACUGUAUCUUUUGUUCAUAUUCCAUAUUCUUUUUUUUUUUUUUUUUUUUUGUCUUUUUUUCUUUUUAACGGUACCGGGGAUCGAACUCACAACUGCCUGCUUGCAAGGCAGGCGUUUAUGCCGCUGAGCUAAAUCUCCAGUCCCCAUAUUCCAUAUUCUUUUUUUUUUUGUCCUUUUCGUUUUUAUCGGUACCAGGGAUCGAACUCACGACUGCCUGCUUACAAGGCAGGCGCUUAUGCUGCUGAGCUAAAUCCCCAGUCCCCCAUAUUCCAUAUUCUUAAUAACGUACUCAGUAUUUAGUGGUAAGAGAAAAAUUUCAAGGUCGAGAGUUCCACAAAUUAUUGUUUCAUCUUGUACGCUAGUACAUAUUUGGCAUACAGGUAAACUGAGCCAUUUUUAAAAGAUUAGCAUAAAAUUACAUUUUUAACAGACCUGUCACAAUUUUCCAAGUGUUACUUCAUUUGGUACAAUUACCUUGAAAGGUAUGCUAGGAUAUUUCUGUUCCUCAAAAUGAUUUCAGAAUUUCUUUUAGAAUUUAAGUGCAAACCACCAUCAAGUCAUCCAUGUUUGCUUUUCGAGAAAAAACAUUUAGAACAUGGAAACAUUCAGAAGCAGGCAGGAACUGGCCCUGGUGACACCAGGGUGGAGAGUUCAGAGCCAAUCAGGGCUAUAAGGAGGCUAUGGUUUUUAAAAAAAAAACCUAGAGAAGUAAAGUGUGGGAUCAAGUUUUGUUCAAAACAAGAUGCAGCGCUGAAGUUAGGGACCAGCACAGUGUUGCGCGUUGGGUUAGGGUCAUAAAAUCGGCCUGUGGCCAGUUGGUUUCAAAGCAUGAAGCCUUUCAACAACAGAAAAAUUAAAACAUAAAAGAGCUAGGGAUGUAGCUCGAUGUGAAGACUCUGGGAGUGGGGGGUUCAAUCCCCACUCCCACUAAAGCAUAGUGAGAAUGAGAAUAAUGCAGCAGCCAUGUCUUUACACAGUAACUCGGAGAAAGUGACGUGUUUUCUUUCUAAUCCACUGUGCAGCCCUGGGAGUUGGUACUUGGGUGUGGUUUCCUGGUGUGAAAACUUAGCUGAGCUGUGGGGCCCUCAGCAAAUUACAACAGAAGUAUCUCGGAGUGUCCUUUUUCUUAUUCUCAAAAAGGAAAGAUUUGGCCAGAUAACUAAUUUAAUCCCCUUAGUGGCAGAAACCCUUACUUGUCUUCCUCCAUCUGUGGGGAGCUGUGAAGUAGAAUGCAUAGUAAUAUCUUGUUUUAUAUAUUCCUUGUUGAAAUCACUAGAAGUGAGAAUUCUGUUUCUCAAAACCCAUCCACUAGCCAGGCAUGGUGGCACACCCCUUAAUUCCAGCAGUUGGGAGGCUGAGGCAGGAGGAUAGUUGCAGUUUCAAGACCAGCCUGAACUGCAUAGCAAGACCUGUCUCAAAAAGACCAAAAAAAUCUACCACACAGCAAUUGCUGUCAUACAGUGAAGAACAGAUGUGUUCCCGCAUGACAGGGCACAGGUUGAAGUGGCCUCACUUAGCUGUCCUUACCUUAAGCCAUGAAAAUGUGUUAAUAAAGUAAUGGUAACUACAAAUAUAGUAAACGUAGGGUCAGGAAAACUUUUAACUGGGCAUGGUGGCAUGUACCUGUAAUUGCAGCACUCUGGAGGCUGAGGCAGGAGGAUUUCUGUGUAUUCAAGGCCAGCCUGGACUACACAGAAUUCAUGACCAGCCUGGAGGCCGGGGGUGUGGCUCAGUGGCAUGAUGCCUGCUUAGCAAGUACGAGGUCCUGGGUUCAACUCCCAGUUCUUAAAAAAAGACCAGCCUGAAAUAUAUAGCAAAACCAUGUCUCAAAAAGACAAAAACAGAUUAGAAAUAAGUACCAGAGAAACAAAAAAGAUGUAGAUCUCUUCUUGGAUUUCUGGCCCCAAAGUUUACAAGGAAAUGCUGUGGUCCUGAUUGUCGAAGAUGUACUUAUUCCUAAAAGAAACCCUAACACAGGAAUGCUAUGAGCAGAAUGAAGGCUUUCCAGGUAACGAGUGGGUCACUGCAGCAACCGGGGAAGCCCAACACGUAGAGCCCCUGAGAGCCAAAAAAGAAGAACAUGUCGGCCUACCAGGUGUUCUGCAAAGAGUACCGUGUGACCAUCGUGGCUGACCAUCCGGGAAUAGAUUUUGGGGAACUCAGUAAAAAACUGGCUGAAGUGUGGAAGCAGUUGCCAGAAAAAGACAAACUGAUUUGGAAGCAGAAAGCUCAGUAUCUGCAACACAAGCAAAACAAAGCGGAGGCUACAACUGUGAAGAGAAAAGCGUCCAGCUCAGAAGGCUCCACCAAAGUAAAAGCUCCUGCUGCAGGAGUCCUGUCACCCCAGAAGAAGUCCCCACCUUCCACUGUGCUGUUACCUGCAUCACCAGCCAGAGCUCCUGAGACAGAGCCCAUCGAUGUGGCUGCGCACCUUCAGCUGCUGGGGGAGUCCCUCAGCCUCAUCGGACACCGCUUGCAGGAGACAGAGGGCAUGGUGGCCGUGUCCGGCAGUUUGUCGGUACUUCUGGAUUCUAUCAUCUGUGCUCUUGGCCCCUUGGCGUGUCUGACCACACAGCUACCUGAGCUGAACGGCUGUCCCAAGCAGGUCUUGUCAAACACACUAGACAACAUUGCUUACAUCAUGCCUGGACUGUGACAACAAAGAACCCUGGGACAGAACCCUCCCCAGCCCGUUGCUGGUUGGUGUAUAUAUCACUGUUACAGCCCCUUCAUUGGCCUCUGGAUGUGCGUUUUAAAUUUUAUAUCUAUGUAUUAUAUAUAUGUAAUGUACAGUACAUAGGACUCUAACUACUUUGCUUUAGUUAUUUUAUGAUAUGGCAAAGGUGUAGCUAAGAGGAAACUUUGGCAGGAAUAGGGGCUUGGGACUCUUUAUUCUCUUGUGGUGGAUAAAUCUGCCUUAAAAAUCAGUGUCACUUGGGACUGGGGGCUUGUUGUAGGUGCCAAGUGCUCCUGCCAUUGACAGCUAAAGUGUGACUUUUUCCAAAUCAGUGGUACCUCCAGACCCAUCACUGACCAUUUGCCUUACCUGUCUUACAGUUGAAAUGUAAGGAGGACUAUGAAAGAUGCCAGCUGCGCAAGUGACCUUGGUGGGAGGUGACGCUAUCCUGCCCACGGUAGCUACUGAGAUAGUUUAGGUGGGCUGAGUAGGGGUCACUGCAGUCCUUCCUACAGUGUCCACGUCCCAAAACUCACUGCAAUCACUGGUACCAAUGGCAACCUCGAGAGAGGCCAAGAGUGACGUUGAUUCCUGGCAGCAAGAAAUUCCUGAGGGGGAAAGCUACACGUGUUGUACGCUGGCCCUCAGCAUUUGGUCUGCAAACCCGAAAGCCGGUGUCUUUCAUUGGCCAUGCUAGACUGCCCACCAAGCCCCCAGAUUCUGCUGCUUAGUUUCUCGGUGGUGAUGGAAGAUAAGCAUUGCCCCACAUGGCUCUCGGGUUCAUCUUACCGGUUUCCCUGUGGGCAGAUACAGCACCGUUCCACAUGUGAGUGAACUGCAACAUGACUCAGUUCUCAUGUAGGUUUAUUUAUAUGUGUGUGGAUGUGUAUUUUAAUUAUGUGUAUUUAACUCUAAAUUUCUUGGAUUUUAAUUUAUGCUGUAAAUUUGUGUAUAUAUAAUUUAAUAAUAACAAAAGCCUCCACCAGCAGCAGCAUAUUGUAGAUACAGAUUGGUUACUUCCCCUUUCUUCCUUCCUCUGGUCUGUUCUGAAAACUCCAAAUCAUCUAUACUUCAAGGUCUUAUAUCUCAAAAAAAGAAUCAUCAUAUUGUGGUUCUAAUUCUUCAUAGAGAAUUUCAAACCCUUCAAUAAUGUCAAAAAAAGUGAAAUAAAGAAAUAUUACCAUUCCCUGCUGCCCUUAUUUCCAAAGAGCCAGACCUGUGUCCCAGGUGGAAAGAACUGGACAGUGGAUGGUUUUCAGUUGGUGACUUCUUGCUGAGCCAUGCCAGCUGGCCAGGGCCACUGUGAGGCUCUGGGGACAGUGCAACUAGCACACGUCCUGUGCAGCUCCCCCUUCGCCAGCCAGCAAUUACAGGAGGCCAUGCUCCUCAAAGGCGCUCUGGCAUUGAGCUCACUCAGCUCAGAGUAGUUUUGCAUUUGAUCAAGGAAACAGGAAUGUUAGGAACCGAAAUCAAGGAGAGCAGAAUGUUAGCUUGCACAUGCCAGGACCGUGUCCAGUCCUCACUGGUUCCCAGGGGAGCUCCCUGUCAGACAGGACUCAGUGGGGGGUGGCACACAGGCAGGCAGGCCUACAUUGGUGGGGGCAUGACCAUGUGACUCACUGCCGGGAGGCUCUGAACCACCAGCAGUACAGGCAUGACUGUCCCAUGGUGGGGGGCAGGAAUGGUCCCAUCAGGUGAUACACGCUGCCCCAUGGGACUGCCAUGUACAUACCACCUAUAGUUCAAGUCAGUGAGAACAUGUUAAUGAAGUCCUGGCAAGAAUCUGCUUUUUUUUGUUCAUUUGCUUUUUCCUUUGAAAUCCAGCCCUAGUAUAUUUGUAUUUACGAUUUGUACACAUUUAUAUGAUAAUCUGUGUCUUGUGGUAUUUGGUACUUCAUAGAGGAAAAACUUUGGAUCCAGACCUUCUUGCAGUUUUUAUAUCCUUGUUUUAUUUUGUUUUUUUAAAUUCCAGUGGCUUGACCCAAAUGUCAUUAUGAUUGUAUAAAGAAAUAAAAUUUUGUACUUAUAUUAUUAAAAAUCACAUUUUUAAUAUUUGUA